AUGCACCACGAUCGUCGUUAUCCAUAUUAUCAACCGCGUAACAACCAUCGUCACAAUAAUAAUGGGUUCAACAACCGCAACCACCCAAACAGGAAACCAAACCGUUAUAGAGGUGAAGAUGCAUCCAAAUUUGAAAAUGCCAAAUUGGCCGAUUUUAUUGGACAGAUUUACUCCCUGUGUAAAGAUCAACAUGGAUGCCGUUUCUUACAAAGACAGUUGGAUUUGGACCAUUCGAAUGCAACAGCAAUCUUUGAAGAGACACAGAUGGCGGUUGUGGAACUAAUGAUGGAUCCCUUUGGUAACUACUUGAUUCAAAAACUCCUUGAAAAGGUUAACAACAAGGAACGCUUAAUCUUGAUUAGAAAUGCAUCUCCAAGCUUUGUGACAAUUGCGUUGAAUCCGCAUGGAACAAGAGCUUUACAAAAAUUGGUGGAACUCCUCAACUCCAAAGAGGAGGCCAAAUUAGUUGUGGAGGCAUUGUCUAGCGAUGUCGUUUUGCUAGCAAGAGAUUUGAAUGGUAACCAUGUUAUCCAAAAGUGUUUACAAGUAUUGGAUCCACCUGAUUCACAGUUCAUUUUUGAUGCUGCAAGUGCUCACUGUCUAGAGAUCGCCACUCAUAGACACGGAUGCUGCGUUCUGCAGAGAUGUAUCGAUCAUGGUUCUAAAGAGAAUCGCUCAGAGCUUUGUAGCAUUAUCUCCAAAUAUACUGUUGACCUUGCUCGUGAUGCAUAUGGAAACUAUGUUGUCCAAUACGUUCUUGAAAGGGAUGAAAACGAUGCCAUCAAAACAAUUGUCAAUGCAGUCAAAGGUGAUCUUAUUUCUUUGAGCUUGCACAAAUUUGGCUCGAACGUUAUUGAAAAAUGUUUGAAAUGCACACCUUAUGCAGAAGAUAUCAUCAAUGAGCUGUUGAACAAUAAUGACCAACUGGUUAAGUUGUUGCAUGAUUCUUAUGGGAACUACGUCCUUCAGACUGCUCUGAACGUCUCUAAAGCUACACAGUUGGAGAAAUUAUCAGAUGCACUGAUUCCUCUUAUUCCAGAGAUGAGAAACACACCGCACGCAAAGAAGAUAUUGCACAAGCUGAAUCCACAUGCCAGAACCAUCUCGCAAAAGAACCCCUCAGCUGAUGAAUCUGGUGACUUGACCAAGUCUUCACCAUCACCAACAACAAUUGAAACAUGA